UAAUAAAGAAACUCUUUUCCUCCAAAGCGUCGACUUCUUGGAGUCAAGUCACUCUUGUGGCUGAAAAGCUCUUAAGUGUUGUCAGCGUGAACGCACGCAAACCACCUUCACCAUACCAUACGAUCGCCAUCGAUCGGUCGCCCGUCCGUGGCAGACAACAACAUUCAGCUCUGGCUUUGCGCGCCGUCACCAUCAUAAUAUACCUACAAUCACAGCCUUGCCAGUAAGUCCCGCAGGGCGACUUAAGCAUACGCACACAUCGACACACACGGACGGGUCAGGCUGACUUAAGUCAAAUUGGAGACCCUGCAGCAGCAACAGCAGCAGCGGCCAUUCCUUUGCAGGUCGAUCGUGUCGUCGCUUACCUACACCAACUUGGGCAACGAUCGGACACAAGCGUUCUUCCAUUCGGUGACUGUCUCUUUCGGUGCUUGUGCAAGUGAGACCGGGAAGGAACGACGAUCGCGUAUACGUACGUCGCUGAUCGCUGCUCGGGUCCGAUCGGUGCGCAGUUGCUAAGAAACCUAGAGCUGGUAGUAGUUUAGUUCGAAGCGGACACCUGCUAAAAUCUAGAGGAUUUUUGUCGAUUUUUUCGGGGUUUUUGUGAUUAAGUUGGUUCAGUGGCGGUUUGUUGGCGCGCAGAAUCCUUCGGACGGGCGGAAACGGGAACGGAUCCGAGUCGGUUUCGAACCGCGGUGACAACAUCCGGAAGUGUUCGGCGGUGCGAAUCUUUGCGCGUGUGGGAUUUCAAUUCGACGACCAGCGACGAACGUUGUCGACCAGAAGUGCCCGGUUGUGAACGUAAAGGGAUCUCUCUUCAGGAGGGUUCGCUGAAGGUGCGCUACCUUGUUGCGUUUGGUGUGUUGUAUUUACAACCUGGUGUGUGCUCUGCCAAGGCAGGAAGAAGAAGUGAGAACGAGAGAGAGAGUGACCUUCCCGACCCCGUCGUCGUCCACCGCACCAGGCAGGACACACAAAGACUGAGACCCCCACACGAAGCUCCCAUAGCAGCUCCUCGAGCCCCGUCGUCGUCGUCGUCGUCGUCAUCGGAUGGAAAAAAGCACCGUUCGAAAACAAGGGAAUUAAUAUGCAAAAGCCGAUGGAAUUAAUGGCAGCCCCGUCGACGGCCCCAAACAGCACCACCGGUAGCACUAGCAGCAGCCCCAACAGCAACAGCAGCAGCAGCAGCAGCAAUAUCCAAGCCGGCAACUGCUAGAAGGCUCGGAUUUGUAUGAUGAAUGAACGAAUGAUUGUGAAAAAUAAUAAUUGCCAAUGAAUAGCUGAGGCGCCAAUCGCGUACCACGACUGACAGAAUUUUUGAAUGACAGGGCUUCCACUAGUGACGUUCUUUUAGAGUAGGAACAUAUUUUUUUUAUUCAGUUUUAACAAAGUGCUUAAGUGUUUUAAAAAGAAGAGAGAAUUUCAACCAAGUGUGAUAUUAAGUGGAAAUACUGCGAGGGGCGAAAUAUUUGAGAUUCUUGCUGCUGGUAUUUUUUUUUAUAAUUAUCCUUAAGUCCAUAACGACAUCCGUCCACCUUCCAAGUGCCAUAACGAAGUUAAGUGCAGCGCCAUAGUAGUAGUAUUAAAGAAACCAGUUAAGCCUUCGAAUCGAAUGAAUGAAAAGUGAAUAAUCAUAAAUUUGGUCGACGCAGAAAAAAAAGAAAAGAAAAAAGCCAUCAAACCAACCAAGAAGAAGUCAAAAGUACAUACAUAUGAAUUGUACACACGGUGAAGAAAAGAUAAAAAAUUGAUAACAAUUUAGCAGGCGUGUAAAUUGAAUGUCCGCUCCGACCGAUGACAGUUUUAUACACACUAAAGUGCGCAAGUGUUUCAAGUAGCAGCAACUCAAAAACGGCAGCCGCAGAAGAAUAACGAGUGGAAGAAGAAGAAACCGUCAAGAAAAAAGUCCAGCUAUGUAAGCAGAGACGUGUAAUUAAUCAAGAGCAAAGCAACGAAUCCGUCCAGGGGUUGUGAGAUUUAGAAGAUAAAGCAUGUGAUACAAGUCGUCUUUACAACGAGGAAUAAUACUCAACAGUGCUUCCAGCAGUUUUACACAGUAUUAGACUAGAGUAGAAAAUAAAGUGCAAUUUAUCUCAUAGAGGCCAACGAAUCUGCGGGUGAAAGUUUUGAACGAAAAUGUCUUCCUCCCCUGAGAUGCAACAACAACACCAUCAUCACCAACAGCCACAACAGGCACACAGCGAGAUUAAAUCGAAUCCACCCACGCCCCCACCGGAGCUGGCGACGAUGACUAAUGUCAGCGUGCUAGAUCUGCACAAAGACUACGCUGGAGAUGUGGGUCAAACGAAAGUUUACGACAAGGAAACGAACACGGUGUACCUGUACGCCAACCCAGGCCAUAAGAUCAAUACUACGGUAGCUGGUAUUCAGUCUCCGCAGCAGCUGACCACGAUCGUCCAAGCAGGUCAUCCUCAUCAGUUGGCCUCCCCCGAUCAUGAUCAUACAGAACAGAACUUGUUGCACUCGAGAUUAAUCCAAGAACAGCAGCAACAUCACCAACAGCAACAUCAACAGCAUGCUCAUCAAUCGCACGAAGAGGAUCAACACGUACAGCGACUCUCGCCAGGGGACCACGUAAUUGAUGGAAGAUUAAUACCGUCCGGUCUGAACGGCGAUGUUCACCACCAGCAGCAACAGCAACAACAUCAGUCACUGGCCCGUCUCUCGCCGGACGACGAUCAAUCAGUGCGUAUGCUGGACAACGCACACAUCCAACGCCUCUUGGGCAACCAGCAGAUCAUCAGUCGCGAGAUCAUCAACGGCGAGCAUCACAUCAUCACGCGCAACGAGAACGGCGAAACGAUUCUGACUAGGAUCGUGAAUGCUCCGGCCACAACCACCGAUCAAUUAAUCAACAAACUCCCAACCGACCCCAAUGCCAUUUACAGCAGCCAUCACGGAGACGGUGGUCCGUCAACCCCGACCGCCGAUCAGCUCCCAACUACUGUCCUCCAGUACGAGAAGGAAAACGACGACAAACAGCAUCAUCACCAGCACCAACAGCCGCAAAUCUACGGCAAUCCGGCAAACGACCCCGCCCCGGAUCAAGCGGCCGCCAUCAAUCAAUCCAAGCAGAUCGUGUACACCGUUGGUGGCGAGCCGAAAAACGUUAUUUACGGUGACCCCAAGGCUGCCAUACCGCACUUUGAACCGAUGGGACAGCAGGACCCGAACGAGCAGAGCGGCAAGGCAGCACCCCAGAUUGAUUACGUCUACAACGACGGUAACAAAACGGUCAUCUACACGGACCAGAAGGGGCUGGAGAGUUUGUACGCCAACAAUGAGCUGGGACUGAUGGAUGGCACCCAGAUCGUGGUCCAGGGCAAUCUGCAGUACACGCCCCAGCAAGGGCCGGAUGGAACCACAGUGUAUGUGGUGGCUUCCGAUAUGCAUCACCAGGAGGACGUCGGGCAGCAGAUUCAAAGUAUCCCCGCUACGAAAAUAAACGGGCAAACCACGCCUCUGGACGUGCCAGGCCUAUCGCAAAAUGAUAUACAAGGCAUACUUGGUUCACACCCAUCACCGCAGUCGAUAAAUGUCAAACGCGAGCCCGAAGAUCUACGUAAAGAGCCGAAAAAUUCCCGAAGUCAAAAGGUGUUGGUUGUUCAGCCCACAUCGCCCUCGGUACAGAUUAAGGAACCUCCACCCAGCCCUGGAAGUCCUUCGGCUGAAAACAUGUAUGCAGCCCCCGGCCCGCUCUACGUGCAGGGUCCAUCUCAUCAGGCCAGUUCGGCUGCGACAGCAGGUUCCAAUGUGAACACAAAUUCGCCCAGCCCCUCCUAUGAUCAGUACGGCAUGUACCAGCAGAGAUUAGGCCCGGGAGGUGCGGCGUUCAUCACCGAGCCGUACACCUACCGCGAGUACUUUGAUCAGCAGGGCUAUGCUCCGGCCCGUACGACCAUUUACGGUACGGCGGAAUCGGACGGGCCCCCGCCCGCCACCACCUACGAGGGUCGCUACUCGUCCAAGACGAUCUACACCAAAACGAUCACCUCCGCGACCGGCCUAACGGUGGAUCUUCCCAGUCCUGAUUCGGGUAUUGGUGCCGAUGCUAUUACUCCCAGAGAUCAGAAUAAUGUACAACCGUCCUUCGAUUAUACAGAACUGUGCCAGGCGCCGACCGGGCUGCUGGACCCGAACUCCAGCGGCAUACCGGCAUCGGUCGCCAGCCUGCAGCGGAACCUGGUGGUCAACGGUGGCCAGAACAGUCCGACGACGUCGAUUGGCAGUGCGACGGCACCGCCCCGGUCCCGACCGUGGCACGACUUCGGCCGGCAGAACGACGCCGACAAAGUGCAAAUACCAAAAAUAUUCUCCAAUGUCGGUUUCAAGUACUACCUGGAAAGUCCCAUCAGUUCAUCGCAGCGGCGGGAGGACGACCGGAUAACGUACAUCAACAAAGGACAAUUCUACGGCAUCACGCUGGAGUACAUCCACGAUCCGGACAAACCGCUGAAGAGUCAAACCGUCAAGAGCGUCAUCAUGCUAAUGUUCCGCGAGGAGAAGAGCCCUGAGGACGAAAUCAAAGCGUGGCACUUUUGGCACAGUCGGCAGCACUCGGUCAAACAGCGGAUAUUGGACGCCGAUACGAAAAAUUCCGUAGGUCUAGUCGGAUGCAUCGAGGAAGUGUCACACAAUGCCAUCGCCGUUUAUUGGAACCCGCUGGAAAGUUCCGCCAAGAUUAAUGUUGCCGUCCAAUGUUUAAGUACAGAUUUCAGCAGUCAAAAAGGUGUUAAGGGUCUACCGCUCCACCUGCAGAUCGACACGUUCGAGGAUCCACGGGACACCAGCGUGUGCCAUAGGGGUUACUGUCAAAUCAAAGUCUUUUGUGAUAAGGGUGCUGAGCGCAAAACGCGCGACGAAGAACGACGGGCCGCCAAGCGCAAGAUGACUGCCACCGGGCGGAAAAAGCUGGACGAGCUGUACCAUCCCGUGGUGGAUCGAUCGGAGUUCUACCAGAUGAGUGACCUGAUGAAACCGCCGGUACUGUUCUCGCCCUCGGAGGACAUCGAUAAGCUCGCAUCGAUGGACUUGCAGUUUUACGGCCACGAUGCCGACUCCCUCUCCGGCGGAUCGGACAACGUCAAGUCGCCCUUCUUAUUGCAUGCCAAUAAAGCCACUACACCUACCCUCAAGUUCCACAACCACUUCCCGCCAGACGUUAAUACCAGUGACAAGAAGGACCCCAGCAUCAUCAUGGACGGAUCGAUGGUGAGCAACAUGUCCGAGUUCAGCCCGCAGAUCAAGCGACAGCGGAUGACCCCGCCACUGAGUGAGCGAGUCAUGCUCUACGUCCGGCAGGACAACGAUGACGUCUACACACCCCUGCACGUAGUUCCGCCCUCGACGGUCGGACUCUUGAAUGCCAUUGAAAAUAAGUUCAAAAUUCCGCCGUCCAGAAUAAAUAAUAUUUAUCGCAAAAAUAAGAAAGGGAUUACGGCGAGAAUUGACGACGAUAUGAUCCGACACUACUGCAACGAGGAUAUCUUCAUCCUGGAGGUGCGACAGUACGAGGAAGACCUGUACGAUAUCACGCUGACGGAACUUCCCACGCAUUGAUCCGCGGAGCGGAGGGGUCAGCCAACUCUAGGCGGCUAGAGAGUAGUAUGUAGUGUGUAGUCUAUAGAAUCGAUCGGCGCUAGGUUUGUACGAAUUUUAAACCUGUUUUUCUUCGUUAAGUAAUUUCAAUUCGGCGAUCAGAAGAAGGUCAACUCUUUUUAUGUUCGACAGUGCCUUAGAAGAGACAUUAAUACGUUUAACUUGUACAUUUGAUUAGGGUUAGGAGAAGUCCCGCGGAGGCUCGGAGAAGAGCCGACUGUGGGACGCAGAUGAAUAGCACAUAUAGUGUUUAGGUUAUUGCACGUUUCUAGGUUAUGCAACAUUUGUAAUUGUUUAGAUUUAUUUAUUUAUUUGUAAAACAAGCAGAUAGGGGGAAGUCUAGGUGAGGCCGGUUCGCUAAUUACGCAUAGUUCCUUUAAAAAUUGUUGUAUGUAUGAUUGAAAGUUUUGAAUCAAAGCUAAAAAACUUACAUUUUUUAGCUGAUACAACGAAGUUGAACGAAGGGACCUAUUUUGAAACACCAUUGGAAACUUUCUGCAUAACAGGCCUUUUCUUUUGUCAGGUCUGGACAGAUGACAUCUGUUUACAACAGAAUAACAGCAGAUACAUACAUGAACCUGUCGUUUCCUAUCAAGGAAUUGCAAAACAGCAGGAAAAUCAGCUGUUUUAAUCAUCUUGUCAAAGGCCUUUCCAUUAGUUUCUUAAAAUAGUUGAUGGCCUUUUUCAUGUUACUUUUGAAAACAACUAAUUUAUGCAGUUCCGCGUAAGCAACUAUUUAUAGGCAUAUUCACAAGAUGUCUAAAAUCAUUUAAAAUCAACUGAUUUUAUGAUCUUUGUCAGUUCUCCUAUGGAAAUAACAGUCUUGUGCUUGCACCUUUGUUCGGAAGUUGUAAACAAUGACAUUCAUGAACCUGUCAAAUGAAAAAGCCUAUUCCGCACUUGAGAACCAAUAGAGGUAAUCACGUUCAAAUGUAUGCGUGCCUUUUUUGUAGAUGUAGUUGUGAAACUGCGAGAAAAAAAAUAUUUGUACUCUUGCCCCGGACGUUAGUUUUAUCAUUAUUUACCCGUAUUACCCAAUUCGAUUGGGUAAUAUUUGCAUAUGCAAUCUGAAUAGCCUUUCAAUCGGCGUGCACUUUUGUGUGAGGAAAAACUUGCGCUAGUGUUCGUGUGUUGAAUUGUCACUUAUCUCUAUACGUACCCGAGACGAUGAUUUCAUACGCGUUUAGCAAUGGCUGGGUUGCUGAAGACCAGCAGAAAAGGCCUUUUCGUUCGACAUUUCAUGUAGGUAUGCAUUUGUUUACAAUUGUCGAACAUAGCUGUAUACACUAUAGGGUACUGCAAGCACCUGAUCUAACCUCACUUUGUCUGACAGUUCAGCGAGCUUGUUUACAAGGUGUUAGAAUUUUAAACGAGUGGCGAAAAUUAAAUUUACGUUUUCCGUCCCGAAACCAUUGGGAUACGGAAAUCUAGAUUAUAUUCAACUCUACCAGCACAAAAUCAAUCGCCUAACUACCGUUUUACUGAAUUUGUAUCGAAAAAGAAUUUUGCCGACUCUCCGCCAGAGACUAAGUCCAUGUAAACAAGCUCGCUGAACUGUCAGUGCACGGCUUCGUGACGUCAUCUUGCAGUAUCCUAUAGUCUGUUAUUUCACAAGGAGAACCGUCAAAAGUUUCCAAAAUCUGUUGAUUUAAACUGUCAUUGGCAUAGGCCUAUCUGAGACAAAUUCCCAAAAAUACAAUGAAAAGACCUGCAAAAGUCAAUUGAAUUGUUUUGUUUCAUAACGAACUAGGGCUUUAUCAAUUUAUUGAAUCAAAAACAUUUCCCAUAAGGAAUUUCAUACAUGCAUAAGUAAAAUUAUUUCAAAGGAACAAUCUGUAAAUAGUGAACCAGCCUUACCCUCAAUAACCCAUUACUUAAAAACUAAGAGCAGAAGGACGCGAAACACCGCAAGCUCCUCAUCGAUAGCGCAGAGAGUAGAGAUUCCACGAUUGUGACAGUGAGUGAAGCGUAGUUAGGAGCGUUAGUGUGCCCCCCGUUUUUCCACUAUUCAUCCAUCGAACGCAUUUAUAUCGAGCCUAGUUCUACUAAAACGCAACUUCAAUGAACAAAGCAAGCUGGAAAUCCACUACAAGAUCUCAAAAUAUGUAUUUGUACUUAAUUGAGGGGGGCGAACGGUCACAGCUGAGGGGCGCGUACGGCCUCCUACGAUUUGUUUUGCUCAACUUUUGGAACGGUUGGCGCUGCGAUUAGCUCUUGGCCUACUCCUCCUUUGUCCAAGCCAACCGUUCCGGUCGGAGUAGAUUUCAGCCAUAAAUUUCAUGUCUUUUAUUAGAUAGAUUGAGAGAUUUUCUCUUGCUUUCUCCUGCGGAAUGAGUACUUAUAUUCUUUGAUUCUAAAUCAUUUUACGAUUGAACGUACUUUACAUCACAGAAUCAUAGCAAACGAAACUUUUUGUACAACAAAAUAGUUUUCAUUAUAAUAGCUGGUAGCGAUCAUCCAUCGGUUGCAAUAUUAACAAUAACUUUACAAGCGUAGAAACAAUAGCGUAGGCGGAUAAGAUUAACUCGUAGAAUUGUUAGUUUAAUCGCUCAUUCAAUAUUCCAUGACAGAUUUUAAUGUUUAUUUCUCACACACGUACACACUCUUCUAAUAACAAACUCCCAUCAACGUACUUGUACUCUUGAAUCAUUCCAAGAAAGCAUGCUUUUUAUCGUUUUAAACCUAUAGUUAACGUUAAGGAAAUCCCCUCUGAUGAAACUGCCAUACUUGAGAAUACAAAUAGAGAAUAAGAACAACGUCUAUCAUCUUUAACAUCUAGCAAAAAAAAGAAACAACAAUACAUUCAGCACUAAUUGAUAAGUACCUGAGAGAUUUUAAUCGAGACAAUACAGAAAGAAAGAGUAUUUUAACUGAAAAGCAGUUUUAAGAUUUUCACAAAAAAAAACAACAAACUGCGACGACAGCGAAACAUGAGUAAUGCUAAUGUGAUAUAGGAACAAGAAAGAGAAGGUAGCGCCACAUGAAAACUAGCAAACUGCAUUCCCAAACAAUCUUGCCACAAAUAACAACAAAAUGUCAAUCAAUUGCCAUACAAAUGAACCCAAUUUCCUCCUCAGAAUGUCCUCGGUGGCCAAAAUAUUGCAACUACCUAGUUGCACACAAAAAAAAAAAGAAGAAACGAUCGCACAAAGUUCGUGAAUUAUACACACUGAAAAACAAUCAGACUUUUAGCUACGCUAAAUAGGAAGUGUGUGUUGAAGUGAAGAUAUUGUUAGUGUGGGAAUCGCCCGAAAAUAUUUGCAAUAUUAAUUUUACUAAUCUUAAAUCGAGACUAGACCGUAUUGUAGUUUACACAGUAUUUAAUGCGCGCUUACGCGCGGCUACAUUUUUUCAUUCUGUUGUGAAAAAAACACGCAAAUCCUUCUACUCACUCGUAGGUAACCGACUUUAAUGAUUUCUUUUUGGUGGUGGUGGAUGACGAUGACGACGACGACGACGAUGAUGAUGAAGCUAGCUUUUCGAUAGAUUCUUCUGUAUUCUUUAUUUUACUGUUCCCAACAAUUUCCCUGUAAGUUUAGAACAACGUCUAUUCUCAGUAGUUUAACGAUAAACCACAAAGCACAAAAAACGAACGCGGUAAUUGUACCCCCUUCCGGAUAGUAGAAACAAGGUUUGCCAUUCCAUAUAUGCGACAUGAAACGGAGAGAAAAAAAAAACACACGUCAAACUAUGGGACCAAUUAUGAGAAAAAUGUGACUAACAAAUAGUUUGUAAGGCUAAUUGAAGAAGAAUAUUAUCAUUCCAUUAGUAAGAUAGUUAUAGAGAUUUAUAGUAGACAAAAUCGUUUCUUAUUAUGAAAGUAAAUUUCAAAAUUUUCUAUUGUUAUAUUUUAUGAAUAUUGAAUAAAACAUGAUUUUUACUAAA